AUGUCACUUGCUCCUUCAUCUGAUAUGAAAAAUGAGCCUGGAGAUUUCGAGGAGGAAUUCCGUGUAAUCAAGGUCAACCACAACACCUGGGUCGGUGCUCAUCCGUUGAGGCUUCCGAUUGCCGGAGCUAGAGGUGUCUAUGGAGGCCAUACGUGUGCUCAGACGCUUUUGGUUGCCAUGGAGUCGGCUCCAGGUUUCAUUCCACACGCCUUUCAUUCUCAUUUCAUCAAAGCCGGGUCCAACAAGAGCCCUUACACGUUCAAGGUGACAAGGUUACACGACGGAAAGACCUUUUGCAUGAGGGAGAUAAAGGUGAUUCAGAAAGAUGUGAUAAUCUACACGGCAUUGUGUUCGCUCAAGAAGAAAGGCGCCAAGGUGACAUCGGGCGACUUGAACAUCAUGCAUCCACCUCCAAACUUGUUCAAGAAGUACCCUGAUCCAAGCAAGCUUCGGAAGAUCACCCAUACUGACUUUGUCAGGAAUGCAUUCUCGCCGGAGUUUGUUGACUACAACCUCACCCCAGAGGAAGACAAUUUGAGGGCUGCCGAAAGGUGGAUCACUGUGUGGAGCGGGCUCCAACAGCCAAGCAAAGAUGAGAUGAGAGAUCCCAAGUACAACUACGUCGGGUUGGCAGAUAUUUCAGAUUCAGCGUUAUUGACGACGUUGGCUCGUGUUUUGCACCUUCAUUGGAACCCCACAGUGGACAAUCCGUAUGAGAGUUUCGACGAAGAUAAGGAUGCCAGAAAUAUCAUGAACGUUACAUUGAACGCCUUGCAUAUUUUCCACUAUAACGCAAUGUCGCUCGACCAUCACCUCUACUUCCAUGGCGAUGACUUCAAAGCUUUCAAUAUCGUGAAGGACUGGUUGACCUUGACUUAUCAGUUCAAGGUUUUGCGGAAUAACAGAGCAUUAGUCCGUGGCUAUUUCUACAACAAGGAAGGCAAUUGCGUGGCUACUGUUAUCCAAGAGGGACUCACCUACAUGCGUCCUGGCGUUCCGAACAAGCACAGAAUUUAG